AUGGCACAGAAGGAGGAGACUCGAUGGCGACGGAAAGCUCAAGGCAAAGGUUUUUCUGGUGGUCUACAGCAGAUUAAAGUGGCCCAGGUGGCACAAGAUGGUUCCUCCCAUUGGGUAACAUGCCAGUCUAAACGCCUUUUGGAGGAGGGCUGCAUGCAAGAGAAUUGUCUAUGGUAUGACCAGACGCGCUACCCCUACCCUACCCCACCAACGACUGAACCUUUGUACUCCAACUUCAACGGCCCCAACGCAGAGCAGAACAGCAAAGCAUUGCUUCAAGGCCUUUAUGAAGUUGAGACAUUGGACCGUUACUUGGCGUCAUUCAUUGACCAUUGUCAACGGCCUGAGGGCUUGGAAGACCAACCACUGGAGGUGGACCUUGAGGAUCAUGUUAGCUUCUGGCGUCAGCACGGUUCUUGCAAGCGUCACCAGGCAAUCGAUCUGGCUCUUACUAAGCGGCUCACUUGGGACCUUCUACAUCUCCAACGCCGUCCUGUGGGGUGGAUAUCCAAUGAUGCCAAGUCCUGCUUUGACCGCAUUGUCCACGGGGUGGCUACCACUAGCCUGAUGCGCUUUGGGAUUCAAUGUUGUACCCUUUGCUCCAUGUUUGACACCCUGAUGAAGUCAAAACACCGGGUCCGUACGGGGUUUGGUGAUUUGGACCGUGUCUUUACUCCUCCCACUCUGAUCCCAUUCCAAGGCUGUGGACAGGGCAAUGGGGCAGGACCUCCUAUCUGGGUGGCAAUUAGCUCCAUUCUCUUAGGGAUGAUGAUUAGUAAAGGCUUUGGCUUUGAUUUUCUGAUUCCGGUGCUCGUUUAUGAUGCUGCACCAGACAUUGAUAAGCUUCCGCACCCUGCCGCACCAAUGCUACACCGAGUAAUGAAAAAUGGGGCUCCUGUGGUGGUUCAUUCGGAGCCAUGGAGCCAGAGCCAACUCGACAUGCGAGUUGCUUGGGGCUGUCACUCAUCAGCAAACGAAUUCAAAGAGUUUCUGAUGGAGAAGUUUUUGGAUUUUGGAAGGAAGGGAUUUUUGAUCCUACUUCCAUAUGACGCCAUCAAGGACGAGAAAGGACUUUGCCUUUCUCCAAUUGGCUGCGUACCACAAGAUAACAGAAGACCACGGAUGAUUGUUGAUUAUUUGUUCUGGGGACUCAAUGACGAGACAAUGAAACUUGCCCCAGAGGGAGCUAUGCAAUUCAGCACGGCCCCACUAUGCAUCCGCGAGGCACUCAUGAAGGCAAACCCGGACUAUGGGCCAGUUUACAUGUACAAGAACAACAUGUUGGAUGGUUUCUACCGCAUCCAACUCGAUGGCGGCUUGGGAGUCAACCACAUUGGACAAUGGCUUGGAGUUUCGCACCGUGUGGGACCCAUGAUGACAUAUUGGGUUCUCCCAAAGAGCGGUAUCCCCAUUUCUGUAGAUACUGUCCAAAUGGUAACCAAGGCUGAACAGCAAACUGAUUCUGUCAAUCAACAGAUGCAACGUUGGGCAGCUGAUGUCUCCAAGAUAGUUGACGCCAAAUCUACAUACAUCAACUGGGGGAAGGAAGAGAUUCCUCAUCAAAUGAUGUUCGAUUUUGAUAACAAGGAUGACAAAUUUAUGCGCAACUUUGAUAUGCUCAUCAACCCAGAGAUGCUGCAUGAUGGCGACUUUGAGGGGACUGAACAAGCUGCAGAUGACCUUGAUGCCCAAGAUUUUACCAACAUGAAGAUUGGUUUACAGCAAGGCACAGAAGGCGAACUCCAAAGGGCAAAGGUGAAACAACAGAUAGUGGAUGAAAAUGGAAGACCAAUUGGCGUCGCUAGCUCCAAUCAACUGCUUGACAGAAGACAAUAUGAAGUGGAGUAUGCCGAUGGCGGUACUGAAAUAUUUGCAGCCAAUAUUCUGCUGAGAAUUUGCUUGCACAGGUCAACGAACACGGACAUAAGCACCAACUGA